AUGGCACAUAAACACUCCUUUGAAGCAUUGGAUAAAAGUUUGCGUGACAUAAUGAGUUGUUGUUAUGAAAAUAGUAAAGACAAACCAUUUGGUGGACUCACAGUUGCUUGUGGUGGUGACUUUCGGCAAAUUUUGCCAGUAAUACCAAGGGGAAAUCGAGCCGACAUUGUGAAUGCCGCACUAAAUUCAUCUUAUUUGUGGCCUUUGUUCAAAGUAUACGAGCUCAAUGAGAAUAUGUGUUUGCAAUGCAACACUUUGUCACCGACAAAUAUGAUAAAUAUUAAGGCGUUUGACUCAUGGAUGUUACAAAUCGGAAAUGGCAUUGCCUACGAUGAUGUAACAAAUGAAUUGCUAAAGUUGCCCGCUGGCAUCUUCCCAAAAACAAUUGGCAACCCAAUUGAAUCAGUGGUUGAAAUGAUAUAUCCUUCUCUCUUGGAAAACUGUAAUUGUCCUUCAUAUAUAACUGAAAGGGCAAUUCUCACGCCAAAAAAUGAUAUGGUCCAAGAAUUGAACACAUUUAUCAUGGACAUGCUUCCAGGAGAAGGAAAAAUAUAUCUAAGUUCAGACACAGUUUGCAAAGGAAGUGUACAAACAAAUGAGGAAGACCUCCUUUAUCCAACUGAAUUCUUAAAUGGUUUGCAAUUCAAUGGCGUACCAAAUCACGAGAUUCAGCUAAAGGUAGGAGCCCCGGUUAUGUUAUUACGCAACAUCAAUCAAACAGAAGGAUUGUGCAAUGGAACACGAUUGAUCGUCACAUUACUUGGAACAUAG